ACAUGACUUUUGCUUGAUCGUCGCCAUCGUCAGGGCCAGGGCCAGGGCUCUUGAGUAUAUUUUUCAGCACUUCUGCAACAUCUUUCCAUUAAAAAAAAAUUCAAAAUGGGCUACAAAUUUCUUAAACUAGCUUCUACUUCAAUAAGGCCAGUGAGUGUCCGAAUUGGAGUGAGGUCGUACGCAACAAGCCAUGAUGCAGAUCUCGUGGUUAUCGGCGCCGGCCCUGGCGGUUAUGUCGCGGCGAUUAAGGCUGCACAGCUUGGUAUGAAGGUAGUGUCUGUGGAGAAAGAUCCUACUCUUGGUGGUACCUGCCUAAAUGUAGGAUGUAUUCCCUCUAAGGCUCUGCUGCACAACACACACUUGUACCACCAAGCGCAGCACGACUUCAAGCGCAGAGGCAUUGAAGUUGGAUCAGUACAAAUAAACUUCAAAACUCUGAUGGAGUACAAAGAAGCAUCUGUAAAAGCUCUUACUGGAGGAAUUGCCAUGCUUUUUCAGAAGAAUAAGGUCAAGCUGGUAAAGGGUGUCGGCUCCAUUGUGGCCCCCAACAAGGUAGAAGUGAAAGGUGCAAGUGGAAUAGAGACAGUCAACACUAAGAACAUUUUGAUUGCCACUGGCUCUGAAGUCACACCCUUCCCCGGAGUUGCAGUUGACCAGAAAAAUAUUGUGGAUUCAACCGGCGCCCUAUCCCUGCCUCAAAUCCCUAAGAAGAUGCUCGUCAUCGGCGCCGGCGUCAUUGGUCUAGAGCUCGGCUCCGUCUACCAGAGGCUCGGGGCUGAGGUCACGGCUAUUGAGUUCCUUGGCACUAUUGGCGGUGUCGGCAUCGACCUGGAAGUAGCGAACACGCUCCAGAAGAUCCUGUCCAAGCAGGGCAUGAACUUCAAGCUCGGCACAAAGGUCCUGGGCAUCAAGAAAGAGGGUGAAACUGUCAAGGUCGAUGUGGAGGCGGCCAAGGGCGGCAACAAGGAGACGUUGGAUUGCGACGUAGUGCUGAUCUCGAUCGGCCGCCGGCCUUACACCCGCGACCUGGGGCUCGACAAGGUGGGCAUCGCGCUCGACGACCGCGGCCGAGUGCCCGUCAACGAGAAGUUCCAGACCAAAGUGCCCGGAAUCUACGCGAUUGGCGAUUGCAUCCACGGUCCCAUGUUGGCGCACAAGGCAGAAGACGAAGGCAUCGUUUGUGUGGAAGGCAUUAAGGGUAUGCCGGUACACUUUAACUACGAUGCGAUCCCGUCGGUGAUCUACACCACGCCCGAGGUCGGCUGGGUCGGCAAGUCUGAGGAGGACCUUAAGAAAGAGGGCAAGGCGUACAAAGUAGGCAAAUUCCCGUUCCUGGCGAACUCGCGAGCGAAGACCAACGGCGAGCCCGACGGGUUCGUCAAGGUCCUCUCCGACAAGGCCACCGACGUCAUACUUGGCACGCACAUCAUUGGCCCCGGUGGCGGCGAGUUGAUCAACGAGGCGGUGCUAGCGCAGGAGUACGGCGCGGCCGCUGAGGACGUCGCGCGCGUCUGCCACGCGCAUCCUACCUGCGCAGAGGCGCUGCGUGAAGCGAACCUUGCGGCGUACUGCGGCAAACCAAUCAACUUCUAAAUAUAGAGCGUAUAGUAAGAUCGGAGACAAGUGGCUGUGGGUCAUCGAAGAAUGUGACCCCGCUGUAACUACCACGUGACGACUCUGCGGUGAUCAAUUUAU